AGCAUAGAGCUGUGUUGUGUAAACUUGCCAUUAAACUUUAAUAUUGGUUUUAAAAUAAAUAAGUACGCUAUAAUUAGCUAUUAAAUAUUAAUAAUCUGCUCUCUCGUGCGUAAUUUUAGGCACGGUACAGAAAUGAAUGAUUGCAAUAAAUCGGGGAAAUCAGAAAUAGUUUGCGUCGAACUGGUAACUUACUUAUGCAUAUGGGAGAGGUUACGCGAUUUCCAAUGGUAUAAUUGAAACAAGUUGAAAACGCUUUCUUCGUAAUCAUAUGCUAAAUGGAUGACAACGAUUUAUACGCGAAGUGUUAAAAGAUGCGUUAUGUUUAUUCUACUGCUGUAUUCAUAGUUAGUCUCUUUACGAUUGGCGCCGUUGAUGACAAACAUUAUGUUCAGAAUCUUUCCGCAUCGCAUUUAACUAUUAAAGAAAACAAAGCUAAAGUUUGCACUGAAUUAUGCAAUUCAAAGGAUAUUCCAUAUGACAUUAAUUUUAACUUAAUAGAAAAGUCACAAGGGAGAUUGCAGAUAAGCUUUGUUCCGCUUAAUAAAGAUUGCAUACGUGAAAUUGCUCUUUUAGUAAAUGGCUACAUCAAGAAUGAAGAUAAUUGUAACGUUCAUAAGUUUCAUGCAUCUGAAUGUUGCGAGGAUGAAGUUCAUACUAUAAGACGAAAAAUAUGUACAAGUUUGAAUAGUCUUACAAAGUCUAACGAUGAAGUGCAAAAUAAAACGGAGCAGAGCAAUUUUACCAUUUGUUACGAUCAUGUUUUCACUGGAUGUUAUGCACUGCGUUUCAAAGUUAAUGGCGAUAAGUUCAUUAUAAGAGGGAAUAAAUUCUUAACCACUGAAUAUGAGAGAACCGAAGUAGCAGAACCAAAACUGCAAUGUUAUUUUUAUUCUGCAGCCGAAUCAGAUCAACGUAUUACAGUUACAACCGGUAUUUCAAUACCAAAAGGACCUACAGGUGCACAAUUUGAAUUGCUUCCCUUAUCAGCUGAGGAUAAGAAUAAAGAACAUGCUUGUAUUCUUCACAGCAAAUCGUAUAUCCGUAGAUGGAAAGUAAAUCUGAAUACAAAAGUUUCACCUUCUACUAAUUGCAGUGUUAUGGAAGUCAACCCUGGAAAUGGCCAAAUGAUUCUGAAAACAGAGUGUAAUUUUGAAACGAAGUUCACACAGAAAGAUUCCGAAUAUUGUUUACUAGUACGUUUGCAUGACGAUCGCUGCCACAAAAACACUAUAUGGAAAAUACCUCCGGCAAGUAGAACCCCGUGUCAGUGGAUACUAGGUUGUUCGAGAUCUGUUAGAACAUUUGCUAUGGAGCAAAGCGGUGUAAUUCAAAGACGCGAACAUGUGAGUAAUCUUACUCAACAAGUGCUUCCUAUUAUCAUUGUUGUUAUUGUGAUAGUGUUUGCCGUUGUUGGGAGCACAUUCUUUGUAUACCGUCUUCACGUGCAUAAUGGAAAACGGUGUUCUUACACGAAUACCAAUACAAACGAUCUGAAAAAUACAGCUGGAGCUAAUAUCGAUGGCUACGAGUCAAUCGGUGUUAUCCAAAAAGAUGGUGACGGUGAUCAAGACAAAACCGAUGCAGUUGUGUUAAUGUAUGUGAAGGAUUCUUCAUCGUUUACGGCAUUUAUAAAUGGACUGCAAGGAAUAUUAGAGGAACGCUGUCAAUGUCAUGUUUACAACUGGUACGGUGCAAGUGAGAGUAAUGAAAUAGCUCGUGUUGGUGGUUCUGCUUGGGUGACAAGCAUUUUGCAAUCUGGAGGUCGUGUGGUUUGGAUGGAUACACCGCGUGCUCGGUGUCUCUUAACGUCGUACUUAGAAAAGACGAAAUCACUUCAGAAUAAUCGAAUACCAAGGAAUGCAGAAAUUAUUGGCGAUUUUCGAGAUAUCGCUUUUCCAGAAGUACUUGACGUAGCCAAGCGUAAUAUGCACGACUUGGCAUUACAGUAUCGUACUCACUUUGUUGUAAGACUGGAAGGAUUGGAAACUGCCGACGAAACUAAUGAUCCAUUCAAAGAUCUAUCUCCACAUACCCGAUAUGUCGUUCCUUAUCACUUAAGUCAGUUAUGUUCCCGUUUAUCGAGACAUGAAAACCAAGAACAACCAGGACUGGAUGCAGAAGAGACUCUGCUACGGGACCAUUUAAUCAAAAUGAAAGUUAAUCUAUAAACGUUAUUAAAAGUUGAUGUAUUUUUGUACAUGACUUUUAUAAAUUUAAUUGCAUUUAAUACAGUACUUUUUCUGAACCAA